AUGGGGCGCAUGAAUACUAUUUCUGGUACAAACGGCACUGUUCCUGAUUUUACGUCCAUGCGUGAAUCCCGGGACUCGCAGCUACGCGGCACCGGACAAUGCGAACGUCGACGAUGUCCGCGUGUGCGUGCGCGUGCCGGUGAACUCAGUUCUAACACUGCUUUGUUGUUCGUCGUGCACACUGGUGUUCAGAAAAGCUUCCGUUGCAGUUUGAUCGUUUUCAUAACGCUCCUCGCAGAGACAUCCUCCAGUCGGGCAAUGCCAAGGAGCGCUGAGCAAGCUCACAUAUCGAAACAAAUGGGGAUUCAUUUGCUUUCUGAUCUAGGCCACGGAAGCGCGCUCUUGACGACACAGAUGCGGCCGCCGUAUCUAAGCAUCGGUCUGGUCUCCGGAACAGCCUCCUUUGCUGUAUGCAUCACGAAUGCCAUACGCUGUACCCUGACGAGGCGGAAUGCAUAUUCCGUUCGAUUUUUGCGCGAUGUAGCCACACGUAACUGCAACGCCACGCAAAUGCUCACGAGAAAGAGCGCUCUCAGCAACCGUGACAACGUACCGUUCGCAAGACUCUGGAAAACCACCGGAACAGCGUAUCACAGCAGCCCAAUUUAG